AUGCCCACCGAAACCUUCAACUACGGCGAAGACCAUGCCCUCCAAACAGUGACGGUGACCACCUUAUCAGAGACACGGGACACAAAAUACUGGAUAAUCUUGAUCCACGGCGGCGCCUGGCGCGACCCAAACAUAGACGCCAUCAACUUCGCCAACCCCGCCAUAUCCACCCUCACCAGCUCCCCAGAAUACUCUCACAUCUUGCCGCACAUCACUGCAUUCGCAUCCAUUUCCUACCGUCUCAGCCCCCAUCCGGACCACCCCCAGGACCAGUCCAGCGCCAAUCCGCGAGAAUACCGCAGUUCCAAACACCCCGACCAUAUCAACGACGUGCAAGCGGCCAUCGCCUUCCUGCAACACAAGUAUGACUUCGAAGACCGGUAUAUACUCGUCGGCCACAGCUGUGGCGCUACGUUGGCGUUCCAGUCGGUGAUGGGCCGGUUUAAUGCUGGCAUAUCGCACGGUCCGCUAGUGGUGGUGGGCUUGGCGGGGAUAUACGACCUGAAGUUACUCCGGGAUACUCACAAGGAGAUCCCAGCGUAUCAGGAGAUCGUGGAGGGGGCUUUUGGGGAUGAUGCGGCUGCGUGGGACGCUGUGUCUCCCGCCGUGGUUAAAGGGGCUGAUGGUGUUGAGGGUGGCUGGACGGCUGGGCGGUGGGCGAUCCUGGCGUACUCGUCUAAGGAUUUGCUUGUGGAUCUUCCGCAGCAGGAGGCUAUGGAUGCUUUUCUUCGGGCUGGGUGGUCCAAUGCGCAGUCUGAGGGCUGUCCGAGAUCUGUUGCGCUGAUGCCUCUAGAAGGUGAGCACGAUGAAUGCUGGGAGAAGGGAGAAGGGCUCGCGGAGGCUAUUAGUUUUGCUAUUGAGAAGCACUUGGGAGGGAGCCCGUGA